UGCACGGCCCCUUGAACCUUCGAAGAGGAGUUCUUGAUCACCAACAAGUUUGGGCCGCACCAAAAAAAAAAAAAAAAAAAACAGAAAAAAAGGAGGAGGAAAAAUUCAAAAUUUUUGGUGUUCGCGGCAUUUUGUCUUCCAUUAAACCAGUGAUUUUUUCUUUUUCUUUGUAAAUUUCGUAAAUGACGGUCGGCUGGUAUCUACUGUGAGUGCUUGCAGAGUCGUGUUCAGGUGGUGGAAUUGAAGGCAUGGAGUCUGUGGUGGCAACGGUCAGUGGGUAUCAUGGAUCCGAGCGGUUCAACCUUAUCAAGCUCAUCUCUCAUGCCGGUGCCCACUAUGUCGGUACCCUGUCAAGGUCGACUACUCACUUGGUAUGCUGGAAAUUUGAAGGAAGGAAAUACCAACUCGCUAAGAAUUUGAAGACUAUAAUUGUAAAUCAUCGAUGGGUGGAGGAAUGCAUAAAGCAAGGGAAGCGUGUUCCCGAGCAUCCUUAUAUCUUGCAAUGUGGGCAAGAAGUUGGGCCUUUACUUUUGGAAGUUCCACAUGUCCCAAAGAUGGGUGUCUCGACUAAAAAUCCUAAGGUGCUGUCUGACAAAUCAAAUGCUUGUGAUGGCUCUGAAAAACGAAGUGGCUACAUGGGGCUUGGGUCUUCCAGUCAUUCUGUUUGGACUCAUUCUCGUUUGUUGAAUGAGAAUUUGAUUCCUGAUACCACAAAAGUCAGUAAAUCUUCUCGGAAGCUGAAAAGGAGGCUUGUUAAAAAGACUUCAAAGCAAGAGCUGCAGUCUAAUAGCAGAUGCUGUUUCGAUGAACCUCCUUUAUCUGGAUUCCCUAGGAUUGAGCAUGAAGAGUCAAGUUCUGAGUCUUCAAUGGAUUUGAUAAGAGAUAAAAGAAAGAUUUCCAAUGACAAUGGAAGGGUUAAACCUGAAACUUCUCGCAAAGGGAGGAGGCUUGUUAGAAAGAAUAGGGUUCAGAAUACUUUGCAGUUAGCAAACUCCGAUUCUGAUCAAGAUUGCUACCUAGUCAGAGUUCACAAUCCAUCUGAUAACGAUGUCAUGAUUUUGUCCAAUAAUUUAGAUGGAAUAAGAGAGGAAAAUAGAUUGGAAAGUGGACGAACAUCUGAUGAUGGCUCUUAUAACCAAAGGGCAGCUACAAAUGAAGGUUUGGAAGAUGCUGAAGAUGGAAAUCAUAAUGAUCUAUGUACUUCCGUAGAUCUAAAUGUACAGUCUGAUGAUGCAUUACAUGGCUUAGAAAAUACUUCACAGAAUGGAUGUUGCAAUGUUGAGAACUCAAAAGAUGAAAUAAGAAAAGGGGCUGAGAUUGAACAUGAAACCAAAUUUCCUUCAACAGAGUUAUCAUGUGUUAUAUGUUGGACAGAUUUCAGCCCAAUCAGAGGAGUUUUGCCAUGUGGACAUCGAUUCUGUUAUUCAUGCAUUCAGAACUGGGCUGAUACUAUGGCUUCGAAAAGAAAAGUAUCAACAUGUCCUUUAUGCAAAGCGAGAUUUGUGAGCAUUACAAAGUUUGAGGAUGCAGCCACACUUGAUCAGAAAAUAUACUCUCAGACCAUUCCAUGUGGUCCAUCAACAAUGGAUAUGUUCAUUCUUGGUGAUGAGGAAAUGCACAAUAUUAGUCCUCAGUCUUCAUCAGUCCCCGUUUGUACUGCAUGUCGUUUUCGAGAACCCGAAGAUCUCCUGAUAAGCUGUUAUCUCUGCCAAACUCAGUGUAUCCAUUCCUACUGUCUGGACCCUCCUUUGCUACCUUGGACAUGCAUUCAUUGUAAGGAUUUGCAAAUGCUCUUUCGCAAUCGAUGAUGCUGUUUCUCAAUUAUCUGAUCCAGGGCUUAUUUGAUGUCCGUGGCAAAAAAAAUGGGGCAUUUUUAUUUUACAGUAUUUUUUUUAUUUUUUAUUUUGGGUAAGAAUAAUAUCAAUUAAAUUUAGGUUGACAAUAUAUUUUAUUUGAUUUUGCUUUUACUUUUGUUUUUGUUUUAAAUAAAAUAAGAAUGUUUGCUUUCCUUA